AUGAGAUUCUUGGCUAUUGGUAUUAUCGGUGCGAUCGUUUCUGCCACCAGUGUUGCUGCGCAAGGAGGGCCGGAUCCAUGUUCGGGGAAAAGCGAGCAAGAUUGCAUUAAGGAUCCUGAUUGCCAGGAAACCUAUAAGAACCCGCAAAGAGCGGAUGGUAGUGACUUCCACACUAGCAAUGCACCUCUUAAAUGGGAAUAUGGUGGUUGCCACAAAAAGUUCAAGAUGCGUUUCCCUGGUAGUACGACGGGGUUUCCUGAAAUGGAAAAUCCUUUCAAGUUGGAAGAGCUACUGGGAAAACAACAGCAAGGGAAACAGCAAGGACAAAAGUAA